AUGCCGAAUCACUAUACUCUUGCGGAAGGCUGCCCUUACUCAAACGCGGCAACCAGCGUCCAGCUGCGAGAUGGUCGUGGCGGAGGUCUUUCAUUGCUGCAGGACACCCAAUUGAUUGAGAGCCUGGCUCAUUUCUCUCGAGAGCGUAUCCCAGAACGAGUCGUUCAUGCAAAGGCUGCUGGUGCUCAUGGCGUAUUCGAGGUUACCGAUGACAACAGCGACAUUACCAGCGCCUGCUUCCUGAACGGAGUGGGCAAGAAGACCGAAUGUCUUGUCCGUAUCUCGACCGUGGGUGGCGAAAGUGGCUCCUCGGACACGCUUCGUGAUGUUCAUGGCUUUGCGAUGAAGUUCUUUACCGAGGAGGGGAAUCAGGAUUUUAUCUUCAACAAUACACCUGUGUUCUUCAUUCGCGAUCCACUAAAAUUCCCCUCGUUGAAUCGAUCUCAUAAGCGCCAUCCAGCAUCGCAUCUGCCCGAUUCAGCCAUGGUGAGAUUCUUUCCAUACAUAGGCGAGCAGAGUUUCCACACUGGAAGCCCUGAGAGCAUCCAUCAACUGAUGGUUCUCUUCAGCGAUCGAGGAACUCCAGCCUCGCUGCGUAAGAUGAAUGCCUACAGCGGACAUACCUACAAGUUGACCAAAGAGGAUGGAUCCUUCAAAUAUGUCAAAUUCCACUUGAAGAGCAAGCAAGGGAUUCAGAACUUUACCCGUGAACAGUCCGAGCAGAUCAACGGCAGCAACCCCGACUAUCUCAUCCAAGACAUGUACGAGGCCAUUGAACGAGAUGAGUAUCCCUCCUGGGACGUCUGCGUGCAAGUCAUGGAUCCCAAGGAUGCCGAAUCCUACCAGUGGAAUAUCUUCGACAUGACUAAAGUGUGGCCGCACAAGGAUUAUCCUCUGCGGAAGCUCGGACAGAUGACCCUGAACCAGAAUCCACACAAUUACUUCGCCGAUAUCGAGCAGGCUGCUUUCUCUCCCUCGACCAUGGUCCCUGGAAUCGCACCAUCUGCUGAUCCUAUGCUCCAAGCCCGCAUGUUCGCAUAUCCCGACGCCCAGCGCUAUCGCCUUGGUGUUAACUACCAGCAACUCCCGACAAACCGGGCGCGAUCGAGUGUCUACUGUCCUUUUGAGCGCGACGGUGCCAUGAACUCUCAUAAUUAUGGUGGGCACACGAACUACAUCGGCUCUAGCUUGAGUCCCACUGUCUAUGCUACGUCGAGUAAGGGCAGUGGCACGGUUGCGAGUACGAUGACUGAGCAUGAGAAAUGGGUCGGUGAAGUCGUCAGCUACAUCAGUCCAGUGGUGGAUGCCGAUUAUGAACAGACAAGGGGACUGUGGCGGGUUCUGGGUAAGGAGGAGGGACAUCAAGAUCGUUUGAUCGGCAACCUGGCGGAUAAAACCAAAAACGUGAAGGAUGUAAGCCUGCGGAAGAGGGUUUAUGAAAUGUUCGCCCGGGUGGAUGAAGGCCUAGGUCAGCGACUGCAGGAGGAAACAGAGAAGCUUGUUGCGUGA